GGAUUUUUCAGAAGUUUACCUUAUCGUGCACAUUGGUAAAUUCGAUCAUGAAGUAUUAGCUUUACCAAACCAAACGGCUGUGUGUACGGUUUUUGUCUCGACAAAAACUCAUACACACUUCUAA